AUGGGUCAGCCUGAACAGAAUACAAGGAGAAGUGGAAGUAUUCAUUCGGAUGCUCCUCCUCCUCCAUACGAAGUAUUAUUCGGCAAUGAGGACUGCGGUGUCUCAACAACUGUUCUAGAUGAUGGACGAAUCAGUAUGCAGUUUCUGGGUAAUAAAUCCCCGUUACCUUCAAUUGCGGUGCCUGAGUACAUACCGGAAGAGAGUCCAGAGUCUGUCAGAUUGUACCCUAGACUCAAUAUAGUCAUUCAAGUUGUUGGAAGCCGAGGUGAUGUUCAACCCUUCUUAGCAUUAGGGAAUGAACUUCAACUUGCAGGCCAUCGAGUUCGUCUUGCAACCCAUGAUUUAUUUCAAAAGUUUGUUCAGGAUGCUGGCCUAGAAUUUUAUGCAAUCGGUGGUGAUCCGAAAGAUUUGAUGGCAUACAUGGCCAAAAAUCCUGGUAUACUCCCAAGCAUCAGUACCUUAUUAAGUGGUGAAAUACCCAAGAAAAGAAAGAUGAUAUCAAAAAUGCUCGAAGGAUGUUGGAGAUCAUGUAUCGAACCAGAUUUCGAGACCGGCGAACCAUUUAUUGCGGAGGCAAUCAUCGCCAAUCCACCUAGUUUUGCUCAUAUUCAUUGUGCUCAGGCAUUGGGAAUACCAGUACAUCUUAUGUUCACCAUGCCAUGGUCAGCUACGAGAUCAUUUCCUCACCCGCUUGCAAAUAUUCAAACCACUGAAACAGAUCCCAAAACUGCGAAUUUUCUCUCCUAUGGACUAGUAGACAUAAUGACCUGGCAAGGACUCGGAGACGUUAUCAACCACUGGAGAAAGAAAUCUUUGGACCUUGAGCCUGUACCAAUCAUGGCUGGCCCUCAUUUAGCAACUUCCCUCGAUAUUCCAUUCACAUACUGUUGGUCACCUGCUCUUGUUCCAAAACCGCAGGAUUGGCUUCCGCACAUAGAUGUUUGUGGAUUUUUCUUCCGCCCUUCACCAUCAUACGACCCUGAUCCUAGGAUACUAGGGUUUCUUGAGGCCGGACCCACACCUAUCUAUAUUGGAUUUGGUAGCAUCGUGAUGGAGAACCCUGAUAAGAUGACUGCGAUUAUCAUGGCUGCAGUUCGUGAUUGUCGCGUGAGAGCAAUUGUAUCAAAAGGUUGGAGUAAACUUGGGCAAGAUGUUGAGGAGAAUAAUGUUUUGUUCAUUGACGACUGUCCUCACGAAUGGUUAUUCAGACAUGUCUCAGCAGUCAUACAUCAUGGUGGUGCAGGAACAACGGCAUGUGGAUUAGUCAAUGGCCGCCCUACUUCAAUCGUUCCAUUCUUCGGAGACCAACCAUUCUGGGGAAAUAUGGUCGCAGUAGCCGGUGCUGGCCCUCCGCCCAUUGAACACAAAUCACUCGACGUCGCAACUCUUUCAAACGCUAUCAAAUUUCUUUUUUCUCCCGAUGUAAUGAUGGCAGCACACAAUAUUGCCGUGAAAAUCCGACAUGAAAAUGGCGUUAAAGAAGCCGUCAAUUCAUUCCACCGAAAUCUCCCCGUAAAAGCUAUGAGUUGUGAGUUAAUGCCACAACAACCCGCUACAUGGCUUUGGAAGAAAGGUAGGAGAAGUCUUAAGUUAUCUCACCAUGCAGCAGCAACUCUUGUGGAAAAGAAAAAGAUUGACGCCGGAGAUCUUACACUAUACAAACCCAAGCCCAUCGAAAUCAAAAACCGGCGCUGGGAUCCUUGGACCGCAACGACCUCCGCAACUGUCGAUGGUGUCGUCGACAUAACCCUCGCUGUAGGCGGUAUAGCCGGAAACUACCGCCAAGAAUAUCAAGGGGCACUAUCCCGCCGUCGGGAAGACGGGACACUCUCAGAACGCAACGCUUUUAAGGCCGGAUCCAUAGCCGUCGGAAAAGGAUUUAGCAACCUCGGAAUGGCCAUGUCGAAAACGGCGAUUGAUAUACCGCUUGCGCUUGCGGAUGGAUUUCAUGAAAUACCCGGGAUGUAUGGGGAUAGGCCGAGGGAUUAUGGACAUGUGCAUGACUGGAAGAGUGGAGGGAUAGUGGGUGCUAAGAGCUUCGGAUAUGGAUUUGUAGAUGGGUUUGCAGGACUUUUUACCCAUCCAGUCAAAGGUGCGAUAAAAGAUGGUGGAAAGGGAUUCGUAAAGGGUAUUGGAAAGGGCACGAUUGGAUUCCUUACAAAACCGGCUUCGGGUGUUUUUGGUUUCGUAUCAUACCCAGCCUUGGGUUUAUACAAAAGUCUGAGUAUAUCGACUCAUCAUGGAACUCGGGGGAAGAUCUUGUUGGCACAAAAAGAAUAUGGAAUGCAUCUUGCUAUGACACAACCAAUGCCAGAAAAUGUCGUGGAGAAAAUCAUUGAGGAUUUUGAAUGGAAGAUUGAGGGGAUUUGA